UUCGACUCCAUUAUCACAAUGUCUUCCGUUCGCGCUUUUGCCUCGCUCUCCAAGGCUGCUCGCCCUGCUGCCUUCCGUUUUGCUCCCGCCGCUGCCAUCGGUGCCACCCGCACCUAUGCCUCCAAGGCUCAGACCUUGAAGGAGCGUCUUGCCGAGCUUAUCCCCCAGAAGCAGGAGGAAGUCAAGGCCUUCAAGAAGGAGUAUGGUAACAAGGUCCUCGGUGAGGUCACUGUUGACCAGGCUUACGGUGGUAUGCGCGGCAUCAAGGGUCUCGUCUGGGAAGGUUCCGUCCUCGAUGCUGAGGAGGGUAUCCGUUUCCGUGGCUUGACCAUCCCCGAGUGCCAGCAGGUUCUCCCUGCCGCCGAGGGUGGUGCUGAGCCUCUUCCCGAGUCUCUCUUCUGGUUGCUCGUUACCGGUGAGGUCCCUACUGCCGAGCAGGUCAAGGGUCUCUCUGCCGAGUGGGCCGCCCGCUCUGACUUGCCCGAGUUCGUCGAGGAGAUCAUCGAUCGUUGCCCCAAGACCCUCCACCCCAUGUCUCAGUUCUCUGUUGCCGUCAACGCUCUCCAGCACGACUCCCAGUUCGCCAAGGCCUACUCCCAGGGUAUCCACAAGUCCAAGUACUGGGAUACCACCUUCGAGGACACCAUGGAUUUGAUCGCCAAGCUCCCCAAGGUUGCCGCCCGCAUCUACCGCAACGUCUACGCUGACGGAAAGAUGGCCUCCAUCGAUGCCGACAAGGAUUACUCUUACAACUUCUCCAAGCUCCUCGGCUUCGAGGGUAACAAGGACUUUGUUGAAUUGAUGCGUCUCUACCUCACCAUCCACUCUGAUCACGAAGGUGGUAACGUCUCUGCCCACACCACUCACUUGGUCGGUUCCGCUUUGUCUGAUCCUUACCUCUCCUUCGCCGCUGGUCUCAACGGUUUGGCUGGUCCCCUCCACGGUCUCGCCAACCAGGAAGUCCUCCGCUGGACCUUGAACCUCAAGGAGGCCGUCGGUGUCGACGCCUCUGAGGAGGAGAUCAAGAAGUACUUGUGGAAGACCCUCAACGGUGGCCAGGUUGUUCCCGGUUACGGUCACGCCGUCUUGCGCAAGACCGAUCCCCGCUACACUGCCCAGCGUGAGUUCGCUCUCAAGCACUUGCCCGAUGACCCUCUCUUCGGCCUCGUCUCCAAGCUCUACCACAUCAUUCCCGGAGUCUUGACCGAGCACGGUAAGACCAAGAACCCCUGGCCCAACGUCGAUGCCCACUCCGGUGUCCUCUUGCAGUACUACGGUCUCAAGGAGCAGGACUACUACACCGUCUUGUUCGGUGUCUCCCGCGCCCUCGGUGUCACCUCCCAGUUGAUCUGGGAUCGUGCCCUUGGUAUGCCCCUCGAGCGCCCCAAGUCUUACAGCACUGCCUACCUCAAGAAGAUGUUCGCCAAGAACUAAAUAAUAUUGUCCAAUUCCCUUUUUAAUUCAAUUCAAUUCAAUUCAAUUGAAAAGAUUUAGACUAUUUUUUGUUUCUUUUAUUCUUUGAACAAAAAAAAUCAAAAAAAUUAGCCCUCAUCUUAAAUCCCCAACAACAAAAAAGAAUUCUAUAGAACCAUAUAUUCUCCCGCUGUAAAUUUUUCCUAACUUUUCAAUACAAAAAAUUCUUCAAAUUGGAAAAGCCAAAAAAAAA